GAUACCUGCAAGGCUCUUGGUACAAGGCAGAGCAGAAGAGCAUAGUAAGUUAAUCCGCAAGCCAUUCAGAAACGUCUAGGACAGAGACACUGACACCAGGGAAUCAUAUGUCUGCAUUGAACAUUUAGUAAUUUGUUUACUUGGAGGGUUGGUAAGAAAUGCACAGAUGAACCUCGGAAGCAACUACUUGUAAGAACAAAUUAUGACAUCGACAUCUAAAGGAAUUUUCCGGCCAUUUUUUAUUAUCUUCAUUGUCCUUGGUUGUUUCAUGGCAUUUAUAUUAAUUUAUAUCAAACCAACAAAUAGCUGGAUUUCUGGUCCUAUAGAAUCAGCCAGUUCAGUUUUGAAAAUGAAGAACUUCUUUUCUUCCAAAACUGAUAAUCUUAAUGAAACUACUGUUUUGAUCUGGGUUUGGCCAUUUGGCCAGACAUUCGAUUUAACAUCCUGCCAAACAAUGUUCAAUAUCCCUGGGUGCCAUCUGACUAUUGACCGCUCGCUAUAUAACAGAUCCCAUGCUGUUCUCAUUCAUCACAGAGACAUUAGCUGGGAUCUGACUAAUUUACCUCAGCAAGCCAGGCCACCAUUCCAGAAGUGGAUUUGGAUGAACUUGGAGUCUCCAACUCAUACUCCACAGAAGAGUGGCAUUGAACACCUAUUUAACCUGACUCUGACUUAUCGGCGCGAUUCAGAUAUUCAGGUGCCUUAUGGCUUCAUGAUGGUUGGUACAAGUUCCUUCACAUUUGAAGUACCAAGUAAGGAAAACUUGGUCUGUUGGGUUGUAAGUAACUGGAACCCCGAGCACGCUCGAGUCAAGUAUUACAAUGAGCUUAGCAAAUACAUUGAAAUCCAUACCUACGGACAAGCCUUUGGAGACUACGUCAAUGACAAAAACUUGAUUCCAACUAUCUCCACUUGCAAAUUCUACCUUUCCUUUGAAAAUUCAAUCCACAAAGAUUACAUUACUGAGAAACUUUACAAUGCUCUUCUGGCUGGAUCAGUACCAGUUGUACUGGGCCCUUCCAGAGAAAAUUAUGAGAAUUACAUUCCAGCAGACUCUUUCAUACACGUGGAAGAUUUUCUCUCCCCCAGAGAGCUGGCAGAAUAUCUUUUGAUGCUUGACAAAAAUAACAAGAUGUACCUUAGUUAUUUCAACUGGAAGAAGGAUUUUUCAGUGCAUCUUCCUAGGUUCUGGGAAUCACAUGCAUGUCUUGCUUGUGAUCAUGUGAAAAGACACCAGGAAUACAAGUCCAUUGGAAAUUUAGAAAAAUGGUUUUGGAAUUAAUUUGUGUGUGUGUGUGUGUGUGUGUACUUUUUUGAAGAAGCCAGAAGGAACUUCAGUUCAAGUGGAGAGGAAAGGAAAAGAGAAAAAAAAAAAGGAAGGAAAAGAGAAUAUUUUGUCAUGGUUUAUCAGCUGUUCCCUCUUGGCUAUCCUAUUUAUAUUUUGUAAGAGAUUUUAAAAGAUCAGCAACAGUAGUCAUCAAUACUUAGUUUCAAAUCAUAAUAGACAUACUAAUUAUGUGCACUGAAGAAUAUUUGAUUGUUUAUUGUGAAUUUAAAACAAAAUUUCCCACAUUUUCCGUGAAAUAUGUCCCAGUCUUACACUCCAAGUAGUCAUUUUUAACAAUUGUUUUUUAUUUUUAACAUUACAUUUGCUGUUCAACCUAUUUGGAAAAUGAGGAAACAAUUUUUAAAUGCCAGAGAAAACUUUAAGAACAUAAUUUGCUGUUCCAGUCUAAAAUGUGUGUAAUAUAUCAAAAGACAGUAAAGUUUCAUGUGUUCAUUUUACAUUUUAAGAGCACAGUAAAGUACAAUACCUACCAUUACUGAAGUGUCAUUAACUGCCCCCCUUUUUAAGGGUAAUGAACUAUAGUUUUUUAAAGGUAUUAGAAUAGUAGACAGUUUUGGUUUCUAAAAAUAAGAUGUUUCCUAACAAAUAGUCCCAUUAAGUUGCUUGAAGAAUAUAUCUGUUCUUACCCUCUGAAGAAACAAUGUCAGACACAGAGAAAAUGACCAAUCUUAGAGACCAAAGCCCAGAUUCAUCCAAUUUUUGUUUUCAAAUGCAGCAUGCCCUUGAGCCCCAUUGUGUCUCAAGUAUUAUUAAUGUGAACCAGGGCUCUAAGUGGUGUUACAUCAAUACAGAGAUAAAAGGAUUUUAAUAAAGGUGUUUGAUUACAUCAGCCU